UGACGGGCGGGAUUGCGUGGUCAGCCUUAUAGGGCGCAUGUGUCGCUGCAUCGGACUCCGCGGAUUCCCUCUCUUUGAACGGGAUCGACUGAAACCUGGCUGCCUAUUAGGUCCCUGAUCCAUCUCAUCCCAUCCUCUUCCUACUACUAGUACUACUGCACUGCUUGUGAUAGUCAUACUUAUCUACACGCCAUAUCUGCAGAUUCCCCCGCCAUCUCCCCCCUAGUCAUUUAGUCUCUCCUGUUCUGUUCCAUUCCCCUCAUGAAUCUUUCCAUUUGACCGACUGCUAUCUUGGCAAACCGUCACUCUUUACAGAUCCAUCCAUAUUUUCUUUAUUUCUUGCUGCGCAUCAGUCAUUAUGCGUACCCAUUUCCUGUGCCUUGCGGGCGCCUGGCUGGCCAGCUGUGCUGCCAGUCCAGUUGCCGGUCAUCCUGGUGAUGCUUCUGUGCCCCAGAUGGCUCUUGCGGACUCGCACGCCUCCUUCCCAAUAGUGACCGGCCAUGAGAUCCAUAUUCCCUGUGCUACAAUCCCAGGAUCCAAGGAGGAUGAGGCCAAGGAUCCCUCUAAAGCAUAUCUGGCGAUGAAACUCCGCACGGAGAGCAAUGCUCUAUUUGUCAACGAUGUCACCGUCUUUCCUAGUUCAUUCCCCAUGCAUUUGCCGGCAACCCGAUACCAGGACGCAUCCGGUCAGAAUCCGGAGCAUCUGCUCCUGCAGUACGCCAUGGACAUUGAAUAUAUGCCCCCUCGUCCGGAUGGGUCCCUGGUGCAAGACGUCUACCGCGUGCAACUCAAGUUCUUCGAUCUCUCUGGCCACCCUGCCACGACAGACACUGUCAGCGUUCGACUGUCGUCACAGCAGUCGGGCGAGUUGUACAUUACUCAGAUCGCCGUGGAGCCACUUCCCCACUACCAUGACGCGCACGGCGAUGGAAAUUGUGUCUGGCACGCCAAGUACUGGAACUUGAUUAUGGAAAAGUACCGUGCCUGGCGCGAAAAGAAAGGACACGGCCCUCACAAAGGACCCAAGUCGCAGGAGAGUGACGACCACGAGCACAAUGAUCACCACCAUCAUCCCAAGGAGCGACCAGCAACUCACCGGGGGACUAAGGAGGGCAGACCUUUCCCCACGGAACAGACCACCGCACACCAAGAGGCUAAAGAGAACAGUCCAGAACUCCCCACGACGGACUCCGACAAAGCUGCGCCCGACUCCCCGUUUCGGGUGUAUGGGGUGGACAAAUCUCUGCGACCGACGGCUUUGCGUAACAAGGAUUACCGCCGGGACUUCUGGCGACUCGUGGUGCCUGCCAUCAUUCCGGGACUCCUGGGGGCCGUUGCUGGAUUGGUGGUGUGCACGAUGGGGUUGCUUCUCUGGAAGAUUGUGGCAUGCACGUGUGUCAGUAUGCGGCAGGGUCGCAGAUGUCGGAAGCGUUGCCAAAGGAGGCAAGGCGUGUUUUAUCGGAGAAGCAACGACUGCUGCAGCAAGACCAGCUGAGUGAGGCGUAGUCCCGUUACCCUACUUAGCAUUGAGUAGGGAUGAUGGUAAUCCUGCGUGGGGGCUGAGUCGGUCGCAGAUGCACGGCGAGACUUUUUAUUGAAUGAUGUAAAUAACAUGAGACAAGCUGAUUAAUGCACAUUAUUUGCU